GAAGAUGCCUGCGGACUGUUUUUCGCCCGAGCUAUUCACAAAGAUGGCCAAGAAGAUAGCCCAGCUGACGAAGGUUGUGUACACGCUCAACAACCGUGCAGAGGACCAGGAGGCGCUGAUGUUGGCCAUGAAGCAGCUGCACGAGGAAGACGUAAAGCGCGUCACACGAGACGCCAACGACAAGAUGGCACGGUACCAGAACCAGGUGAGCCGGCAGGUUGCGUUGCUGGAAGGGGCGCUGGUACGCGAGCGCCUGGAAAGGUGCCGCCUCGAAGGGGAGCUGGGUCGCCGCCGCCAGCAGCUCGAGCCGGCCGGCCAGCUUGUGUCACUCUGUGCCGAGAUACAUGACGCUAGCGUCGUGCUGCGCUCCAAGCUUGACGCCUUCGACCGCUUGCAGCUGCAUGUGGCGCUUGCUUUGGAGGGCUUGCCAGCGAGUGCAGGUCUACCUGGAAUGACGAGUAGUGUAAUUGUUCGUGGUCAAGUAGAAAACGACUGCGUCCUGCGUAAGAACGACUUCCUCCGGGAUCACUGCGAUAAGCUCGCCGAGGAGAAUCAACGCAUGCGAAUCAACUUCGAGGGCGACCUGGCACAGCUUCGCUCAUUCUACGAGGAGAAGCUACACAGCAGCCGUCGGCUGCAACUGGCCAAUGACGCCUCCCUGCACGCUUCGCGGGUCGACGCACUUCUACUUGAGCUGGCGCACAGCGAACAGCAGCUGGACAGCUACUGUAAAGAGGCGAGAGCUCUGUCCGAUGAGCUGGAGAAGCGAAACAAGUACCUCAAGAUGAUGGACGACCAGGCGUCUGGUAGCCAGCAGGUGUUGCUACAGCUCACAGGUCGACUGAAGCAAAGUGAAGCGGCGUUGAACCAGCUCAAGGCGUCCUGCGCUCUCUACAAACGGGACACGAUAGUCAAGAGAGGCACGAUAGCAUCACUGGAAGCCACCAGCAGAGAGCAGCAGUCCCACAUCGAGCACCUGGAGGCGGAGGCACUACAAGUGACCCCACUGCUUCUCCAAUGCGAUGCUCAGCGCAGGAAACUGGCUGACACCCAGGAAGCACUGACCAAACUUCAGGAAGACACCAAGAAAGAGUUACUAGCCAAGCAACAAAAACUAGAAGAUCUGGAGCGGAGACUCAAUUCCUGCAGGGAUGAGUCCAAAUGUCUCAAGCUGAUACAAGCCCAGUUGAAAGAGUCUUUAUCCGAAGCGGAACAUAAAAUAUACGUCCUCAACAGGGAGGUGGACCAGAAAGCGCAAGCUCUGAGCAAGAAAGAGCAAGAAAUAAGCUAUCUGCAAAUCAGCACAAAAAAAGUCAAGUGGGAGCUCACUGAGGCUCUUCAAGAGAAAGAAGCCAAGCUGACUGAUUCCAGAAAGGUGCUUGAACGAACGUUCCGCAAAAUGAAUGCGGCGUGGGAGCGCAAGAUCAAGUAAG